GGGUUCAUUCUGCCGCCGCUCGGUGUGUGCAGGAGCGCUUCUGUUUACCGACGGUCGGAUCUAAGCGUCGGAUCGUCAUGGAUCGGUGAACAAAGGACGCAGGAUUACAUUUAAAACCACCGUGAUAUACUGAAUACUGAUGAUUAAAGGUUGAAGCCCAGUUGUAGAUAAUCUAAACCCCAUCAUCAUGACCAAAGAGGAUGAGAUACCCGACUGGGUCGGUGCACAGGAGUUCUACGGCAAAUAUGAACCCAAGGAGAUUCUCGGAAGGGGAGUCAGCAGUGUGGUCCGGCGCUGUGUAAAUAAACGUACCCUCCAGGAAUUUGCCGUCAAGAUCAUAGACAUAACCCCGUCAGAUAAAAUGACUCCGCAGGAGAUCGAAGAGAUCAGGGAUUCCACUACAAAGGAGAUCGAGAUCCUAAAGAAAGUGUUUGGACAGGAAAAUAUCAUUCAGCUGAAGGACUGCUAUGAGACUAAGGCCUUUUUCUUCUUGGUGUUUGACUUGAUGAAGAAAGGAGAGCUGUUUGAUUAUCUCACUGAGAAAGUCACAUUAAGUGAGAAAGAGACGAGAAAGAUCAUGCGCGCUCUGCUGGAAGUGGUCAAGUUUCUUCACUGUCAGAACAUAGUGCACAGAGACCUGAAGCCAGAGAACAUCCUCCUAGACGACAACAUGAACAUCAAACUGACAGACUUCGGCUUCUCCGUCCAAAUUGCACCGGGACAAAAGCUUAACGAGGUAUGUGGAACCCCUGGCUAUUUGGCUCCGGAGAUCAUCGAGUGCUCCAUGGAUCCUCAUCAUUCAGGAUACAGAACUGCUGUGGAUAUUUGGAGCACUGGAGUGAUCAUGUACACCCUGCUGGCUGGAUCUCCUCCAUUCUGGCACAGGAAACAAACACUGAUGCUGCGUAUGAUCCUGGCUGGGAAUUACCAGUUCACAUCUCCAGAGUGGGAUGACCGAUCAGAUACAGUCAAAGAUCUGAUCUCCAAAAUGCUGGUGGUGAAUCCAGAGCAGCGCUACACCGCCGUUGAUGCCUUAAACCACCCGUUCUUUCGGCAGUAUGUGGUUGAAGAGGUGCGACAUUUCAGUCCGUACCGAAAAUUCAAGGUCAUCUGCAUGACGGUCCUCGCUUCAGUCCGCAUUUACUGCAACUACCGCCGAGCCAAGCCCGUCACCAAGGAAGUCAUUAAAAGCGAUCCUUAUGCAGUCAAACCCAUUCGCAAACUCAUUGAUGCCUGUGCAUUUAAGAUCUACGGACACUGGGUAAAGAAGGGCCAGACACAGAACAGAGCGGCUCUGUUCGAGAACAGCCCGAAAGCUAUAUUGCUCUCCAUAGCAGCCGAGGCAGACAGUUCAUCUCUGCGAGCGUGGUAGAGGAGAGAGACGGCUGAAACUAAGGAAGGUGGAAAGUGGCUACUGCUAACUUGUGCAUGGAUUGUGUAGCUAUGCUACAAUCAUUAAGGAAACUGAAUGUAAGGUAUUUAAUACUAGGGUAGACAAAAUGUGCAAAUAUUUAUAGUUUUUUUCCUAACUUUAUGAGGUUUACUUACUGAUUGCACUGAUCUUACACUGCAAUGAGAGUCCAAAUACUACCAUAUCUCCAUGUAUUCAGCAAUAGCUCAUAAUGGUUAAAUUCUGUAUCUAAAACAGACCCUCAGUAACAUUUAAAAGAAUCAGAAAAACAUUACACAAAAUUAUAGCACUGUGUAAAAAAGUAGUGCUGUACUGAACUGGUCUUAAAUCACUGACUGAUGUUUAAUAAAGAAAUUUUAAGAAAACCACUUAACAAAGACUGCCUUUUAAUAAAGAACU